CGGAGGCGGUGACGGAGGUAGUGUAUAACGUGUGUGACUGAGGGACCAUUUCUACCCCUCUGGCUGGUAAAUAAUCCGGCAAGAUCAGGGGAAAAAUCAUAUCUCAAGCAGCAGUACCUAGAGAAAGGGAAGGAAAAUUGACGUCAGACAAGGAAAGAAUAUCUCGAUGGUGUGGUCAAGAGGUGUGGCGUGGACCCUGUUCGCGAUAGGGACGGUGGCGAUGGCGGCAAGUGGGCGGAGAGUGAGCGUGGUCAGGUUCCAGACUGGUGAUGUGGCCACGACGGAGAGUUUUCUGGACACUGGGCUGGGCGACUUUCCUCUCCUUCGUCAGAUGACGAUGGUGGUACACUUAAGGCUACGUCGGGUCACCUCUCACAUCCCACUCCUCAACUAUGCCGUCGAAGGCUGCAAUGAAGAGCUGUUUGUCGAACUGGUGCCCAAGAAGAAGGAUAUGCACGUACAGUGUUGUGGAGGGCUGGUGUCUGAGGCCUUCAAGUUCAAGCUAAGAAUGUUUACUUGGCAACACAUCUCCGUCUCCCUCAACCUGGAGACCCGGAUCCUGCUGGUUAUAUAUGAUGAUCUGGUGUACCAGGUGGAGCUGAAGGUACCCACGUGGCAGCUGGGUCCUGACAAGCGACUGGAGGUGCGUGGUGGGGGGCGUCUGGUGGUGGGACAGAAGUUGUACUCACUAGAAGGAGACUUUAUCGUACUGGAGACCUUGGAUGGUGAGAUAGCAGACUACAGGGUAUAUGAUGUCGCCCUACACCCCAAACAGAUGAACGAAUUACUCAACUGUAGAGACAUACCUAACCUGAAGAAGCCACUCAUCGAUCUGUCCAGCAACAAUAUAGAGCUCAAGGGCCCGACCACAAACAGGACGAUAUUGAUGAAUGAAAUGUGUAGUAAUCACGUCACUGGGUUCUAUCUGUUUUUCGCCCAGAAGAUGGUGUUCCAGCGGGCUUACUCCUGGUGUAGGAAGCUCAAGGGUCAUCUCAUCCUCCCUGAAGAUGCUGAGACGAAUGCUUAUUUCUUCGAUAAAUUCAUCAGAUUUAAAGACCAGUGUGACGACAUCUGGACUCACCUAUAUUGGAUUGGUUCUGGAGGCAACCUGACAACAAGGGUGUGGCAGAAACUCACUGACGGAACACCAAUACAAUGGUACCAGUUUCUGAGAGAAUACAGAACUGUUACACCAGAGUUCCAAUGUAUCGCCGCUGUAACUCACGACAGGUAUAAAUGGGCCGCCUGCCCCUGUGAUAUAGAGACUUGUAUUCUGUGUAACUUCACUACCCACCCCGAGAUGAGGCUCCGUGGACUCUGCAAAGACUCCAUGUUCGAUCGUCUCUUCUCCUUCCGUGACAAUGAGAACUAUGAGCUCACGUUUGACGGGUUGGCUCACGUAGUUAUGCAGAAACAAAACGACUCGUGGAUCAUGAGAAGUCGACUCUAUCAGGGCUUGCGAGCCAUGAUGCAGUCCCAGUGGAAAGGCGAGUACCCGGUCGGCGUCCACACCUGGUACAUCUACGGGGACAGGUGUAGACAGAAAGAGGUGAAGUUAUUGCUGACGUCUUGCCAUGACAACGAAUACACCUGUGAUGACGGCUCGUGUAUCAACAAGAACCACCGCUGUGACCUGAGUGUCGACUGUGAGGACCAGAGUGAUGAGAUGAACUGUAACGUUGCUCUAGUACCUACAGGUUACUCCUCCGGUCUCCCCCCACCUACUCUAAAUGCCAAACCUCUCCCGAUUUACUUUUCUCUAAACGUUACCUCCGUCAGGGAAUUCAGCUUAGUCUCCUUCACCAUAAGCAUUGAUGUUUUUCUCAAGCUUAAAUGGCAGGAUAGAAGGUUAAAGUUCAGUAACCUACAGGAUAAUUUUCUAGCUAAUAAGAUCAAGGUGUUGAGUCAGGUAUGGACGCCAGUUAUGAAGGUGGAGGAUGGAACAUUAAGUGCUGCCCAGUCCACCUCUCAAACCCAGACUGUUUACGUGACCAAAACCUCUGAACCUCUACCAGAUGAUGACACAACCAUACGGGAAGAUGUGGUGUACAGUGGGUCAGAGAAUUCGAUGAUUUUCCAACGAGAGGAGACAAUUACCUUCAAGUGUGAGUUUAAACUAAAGAUGUAUCCCUUUGAUCGACAAAUCUGCUUAAUUGUUUACAGGAUACAAGACGUCACGAAGGAACUCGGUGUGUUAACUAAGGACGGGCCAGGGGUACAGUUCCUCGGGGGUCGACAGCUGCUGGAAUACACCCUCAUCUCUGAGACCUUCACCAACUACACCCUCAACCAAGUGAGCCACAUUAAGAUUGAGUUCUCCUUCAGGAACCAGUACGGGUAUUACAUCGGCAACACCUUCCUUCCCAGUAUAAUGCUUGUCAUUAUCUGCUGGGCCACACUGCACUUCGAUAUAGCCGAUUUCCAGGAUCGCAUUAUGGUAUCCCUAACAUCACUCCUGGUCCUGGCAACAUUCUUCACCCAAACCAGCCAAUCAAUUCCUAAAACGGCCUACCUCAAGCUGAUAGACGUGUGGUUUGUGGCCCUGAUCUCCGAGGACUUCACCAUCAUCAUCUCUCUUGUUUACAUCGAGGUCCUCCGCUUGAGACACCCAGCUACGAACAUCAAGGUAGCUCCCGUUGGCUCCUUGAUGGGCGGCGCCAGCAGUAACUCUUCACCUGUCCAAGUUAACUGCAACAAGAAGGCUCUGAGGAUGAACAGGAUCUUGUUUAAUCUCUUCUCCUUAACUAUGGUCAUAAUGGUGUUGUCCUUCGGUUGUAUGUGUGUCUUUAGCUUACUCUCUCACUAGUAUAGUCCUACGAGCAGAGGAUGGGGGACGAGAAGAGACUAUAAGAUGGAUAGCUGUAGUCUUUGGUUGACGUAAUGAGUCUUUGGUUGACUUACAGUAGUCUUUGGUUAACGAGUGACUAAGACAGAGUUGGCUUUUUGAUAUUAGUUAAAAUGGUUGACACAUCAUGACAUCCUUUACCGAGACUCGUAAUUACUCGUACUCUGGAAGGACUCUGCAAGUUGAGUAGUAGCCAAUAGGACUCACGUCUCUUGGGGGGGGGGGGUCCUGUCGUCCCCUCAUCCCACACACAGAAAGAUUGACAGAUAGACACCCGGUAGAAGUGUUUAUAUAGUUCAUUCAGUUCUUUACCUCACCUGUACCAGUUGAUAAGACCAUCCAAUCAACUCCUAAGGUACUGUUGUUCAUGAAUCACCACACACACACACACACACACACACACACACACACACACACACACAGUCUCAUUCUAUACAAGCCAUAAUGAAUAGCCCGUAAUAAAAUCAAUAUAAAACACAUACGAUUAUACGUAACUAACAAUAUCUACGUUCCUGGGAAAUAAAAUAAUUAUAGAGGUAAUAGAAAUAUAUUUGAAUACCUAUAAUAAUGUGAAUCUGUAGUUUGUUUACGUUUUAAAGUGAUAUAAUAUGUGGGAUUAUUAUUAAAUGUUAUAUUAUUAAUUAAGAAGGUGUGGUUAUAUAAUAAUUAGGGUGUAGACAGGUGGUAAUUAUUAGUGUGGGUAAAUUACCUAAUUGGAUAAUUUGUUUGUUUAGGUGAUAGAUAUACCUGUGUGAUAUUAUGAAGUGUAUGAGGCAUUACCUGGGGUUAUUACCUUCACCAAAGGUUGUAAACACCAGAGGAAUGAAGCUGCAACAACUACUAAUUCCUACUACAAUUACUACUACUACUACUACUACUACUACUACUACUAAUACUACACUUAAUAAACACACGAUAGUUAAGUACCUAACGAACAGUCAAAACAUUACUAUCAUGUAACAACAGAGCCAUCACUCUCACUAGUAAUGAAAUAAUCAUAACUUUCAUAUUUAAGUGAAAUUAUUUUUUUUUUCACUUGUAUCGUAAAAAUUUUUCACAUAUAAUAAUU